AAUUCCGUUUUCCUCCCUAGAGGUUCCUUUUUCUUAUAAAGCAUUUCUUUCAGGUCUUAAGUGAUCUAGGGUUUGUUAUUGGGAAGCGUCUAACUGUUCUGGUGGGGACGAUGCUGUCCAAACAGACGUUUAUAUAGUCAACACAUCCCUGCAGAGUAUCUUCAGAUUUCUGGGUCUCUCCCCUGGUCAUAGGAUAAUAUUAAUAAUAAUAAUAGUACAUCAAACUUAUAUAGCGCUUGUUUAGGACACUUAGGACACUCAGAGAUGCUUGUGUGAACUCUCACAUUCACACAUGGCCAGUGAUGGUAGGCUACUGCGUAGCCACAGCUGCACUGGGGUGGUCUGACAGAGGUGAGGCUGCCAUUUGGCGCCGUCGGCCCCUCUGACCACCACCAACACAGGCAAGUUGGGUGAAGUGUCUUUCCCAAGGACACAACAGCAGAGUACCCCUGGCGGGAGCUGGAAUCGCGCCCAAACCACUCCGAUCAUGAGGCAACCCAAUCUACCUCCUCAGCUACUGCUGCCCCAGGAUAGGAUGCAUCUUAGCAAGGAUUGUGAACCCUCAGCAGAGUACGAUCCCCUUUGCUUAUGACUGGUGUGGCAGAGAAGUUGUAUGUUUUGUUGGCGUUAGCGUAAAACAAGUGUCGUAUUUUAUUUUCUCUGGUGGUUGAAGUCAAAUGCAUUGGGGUGUUGUGUCUGCAGCUUAGCAACACCUGGGCUGAUGACAUCACACUCAGUCUGCAGCUGAUAGUGAAUUGUAUGCUGCUAGCAUGACACUAGUGAGUUCCCUUUUUAAUUAACUACUAGCACUUCCAACAUUACGUUAGGCCUCAAGAUUAGCCACCCUUCAGCCUCUCUGCAGAUUAACAUGUUUGUUUUAAUAUUGGUCCAGACUGAGAUGCUAGAGCGCUUCAUUUCCUCUUUAUACACACAGAAUUUGAAACAGGAUCAGACUGCUUUAUUUCCUCUGACUGAACUCUGAUUACACAUUUGGAAGAUUUUCCUACUCUCCUCCUGGAUUGUUGCCUGGCUUAAGUCGUAAGAGCAUGCUGACAUUGUCCAGAGCGUGCUUGUGUGGUCAAACUGGAAUAAAAUGCAGUUGUCAAACCAUUUGGCCUCUGGUCUUUGAUUGACUAGCACUUUUCCAGUACUUUAUCUGGCAUGAGGUGGGUGGACAGCUGUAAAAAACUGACCUGAAUUAGCAGGAUGUACAUAUUGACAUUAUACUCUUUGCACUUAAGUGGAAAUCUAUUUCAGCCUCUUGCUGUCCCUUUCCAUGUCAGUUAGAUAGUUCUUUCUUCCAGUUACGGGCCUGCGCCUGCACACUGCAGCAAUCAGAUUGGCUUAGAGCUCCAAGCCAUGACCUCCUUUCAGUAAACUUUCUUCUCAGUUAAAAUUCUGUUCCACUCCUGGGUCCAACCCAGUCCAUUUUUUAUAGCUGAAGUAAUGAUUUUAGAUGUAGUUCCCUCACACUUCCAUCUGAAGUUCCCAAACACAGCAGCCCGAUCAUUCCACCGUCCUGCAGUCUGACGAAAACACCAGAGUGUGUGAAUAGCCCCUCUAGAGACCACGCUGUGGUUUAUUUCAGUCCCACUGAUUCGUACCUAACGAUGGCUGCCAAUAAUGACCGUUUUUAUAUUAGUUGUUCUUUUGGCCGGUUUAUGUUUACAUCAAAAUAAAGUGUUGCUUAUUAAAAAAGAUCCUUUUUAAAUAUAAUUAAGUUCACUUUGUUUCUGCUCAAAGCUGCAAUGGCAAAUUUAGAAAACAGACGAGCUUAAAACAUGUUUUCAUGCCUCUUAGCAGCGUUCUAACGUUCUAUAGCUAUAAAAAUAUUGUGUAGAUUUCAAAAAAGGAAAUAUUUUGUUCUCUCACAUCUAAAAACCACCGUCAAUAACACGUUACGAUCCAAAAGCAACUAUUGGACCAUCCGGUUGUCUGUCUCGCCGAACCAUUACUCACUCACAUUUAGCAACAGAACGCCACUGGUGUGAGAGGUUCUUUGCUCAUACCAGAGAAGGAGCAACAGCCGGCUGCUACCACUUCGGCUUCAAACUACCAGAGUCCCCCCUAAAAAAAAACAUUUGACGCAACGGACAACAAAAGAUGUUUGGACUUAGAAAACAGCAACUGGUGUUUAACACCAUCUCGUUUCCUCUGGCAAUGUGGGUUUCCGGUUCCAGCAUAACCGUGUCAGGAUAGAUGCAUCUGGCGUGUUUGUGUUCAAAUCUAGAUUGUUUGCAGAUUUGCUUAAACCGCUUUAAAGGAGUUUGAAUAUUGAGCAGGUCUAGUGUGCUUGUGAGUUAUGUAUGACCUGCUGUUGGACGUGGACGGGAGUAGCUUGGUGUUUCUGCACCAUUCAGUCCUGAGUCUGGUCUCCAUCUCUAUUACUGGGCGAGAGGUUGGAGUCACUCUGAACAGGUCCAGUCUAACACAGGGCCUUGGUGAUUGUAAGUUUAGUAGGUUAUCCAGUCAGAACUUUAGUUUGGGCUCUUCUACUGAUGCCCGAUGUUGGGAAGUCAGAUUUUACAACUUCUGAUGAUUUAAAUCCAGUUCACUGGUUUCCAGCCAGAGUUCACCGGCUGGUGUUUGUUUCAGCAGCUUUCCCUCUCUGUCCCUACCAGCAUGGUUCAGAGAGUAUUGGAUGCUUGCAGGGUUCGGUAGUAGAGUGCUCCACAGUCAAGUGCCCCGUGGCAGAAGGACAGACACACGGACAGAAAGACUGCACAAGUGGAGGACAAGUAGCUCUCCUCCAAGAGCAACCCCUCCUGCCCUCAGUCUCUCCUCUUGCUGCUGUGUCUCUCCCCUCAUCGUUCUUUGUCUUGGGAAUGCACCAACCAGAGAGGGGCAGGAGGUGGAGAGAAGGGGGGAGGGGUGAGAGAGUAUGUCAGACAGCGGAGAGGGAAAAAAAGCAAGUGAACUGCAUGUGGCGGAGGGACACAGAAAGCAGGCGGUGAGGUGAGGAACAAAACUAGGAAAAGCUGCUGUUUUAUUGAGUUUCUCUGAAUGUUUUAUUUCCCCACUGCUGCUAACAUUGGGUGCAGAUUUCCUGUUUGAAUCUAACAAGAAAGAAAAUGCAUGGAAAUGAGGAGUGGACAUCACAAUGGUAGGAUGAGAGAGGGUAAAAUGGAGGAGAUGAAAGCUGUCCUACUGAGGAGUCCAUCUAGGAGCCUCGCAUCCUCCAACUCCAGCUGCUGGUGAGCUUGUCGUUUCUUCUGUUCUCCGUCCCUCUCCCUGAGCCUCACACUGGGAGAGUCUAUGCACAGAGAAAACACGGACAGUUGACAGUUAUGUCCUGCACUCUACAGCUGUGAGACAAGGCUAGAUGUCCACUUUCCCUUUUUCAAAAAGACUCAUUGAGAGCAGAAAGGUCGGAUCGGACAGCAUGAAGCUGGAAGGAAUAAACGUGUUGGGAGUGUAAACUGGACCGGACCUCCUCUGUCCCUCGGAGACGAGCAGUGUGAAGUCACACGGAAUGGCUAUGAGUCUAAAGAGCUGGUGUACCUGGUCCACAUCUACUGUCAGGGUCGAAGCUGGAUUGUGAAGCGCAGCUAUGAAGAUUUCCGUGUCCUGGACAAGCACUUGCAUCUCUGCAUCUACGACCGACGUUUCUCGCAGCUGCCUGAGCUGCCUCGCCUGGACAGCCUGACGGACCAGUCAGAGUCCGUUUCCCAGAUGUUGUUGGCCUACCUCUCACGGCUCUCUGCGAUCGCUGACAACAAGAUUAACUGUGGGCCGGCCCUGACGUGGAUGGAGGUUGACAACAAGGGGAAUCACCUGCUGGUUCAUGAAGAGUCAUCCAUCAACGUCCCAGCGAUAGCAGCGGCCCAUGUCAUCAAGCGCUACAUCGCUCAGGCCUCCGACGAGCUGUCCUUUGAGGUUGGAGACAUUGUGUCUGUGAUUGAUAUGCCCCCUAAAGAAGACACCACGUGGUGGAGGGGCAAGCACGGCUUCCAGGUCGGCUUCUUUCCCAGCGAGUGUGUGGAGCUCAUAAAUGACAAAGUGCCACAGUCCAUGACCAGUUCUGUGCCAAAACCAGCCUCGCCCUGCUCUGGCCUGCAGCCUGCUUCAUGGAGUCUCUUCCCUCCCUACUUGGAGAUGGAGAGUGUUUUACAGGACAGUGCAUGGGUGGCCGACCCGCUAAACCACUACACCUUAAGUUCAGUUUCGAAGAAGCAUGGGAAGCUGAUCACCUUCCUGCGCUCCUUCAUGAAGUCCAGGCCCACUAAGCAGAAGCUGAAGCAGAGAGGCAUCCUCCGGGAGAGGGUGUUUGGCUGUGACCUGGGAGAACACCUCCUUAACUCAGGACACGAUGUGCCCCAAGUCCUCAAGAGCUGCACGGAGUUCAUUGAAAAGCACGGUGUGGUGGACGGCAUCUACCGCCUCUCUGGGAUCGCCUCAAACAUUCAGAAGCUGCGACAUGAGUUUGACUCAGAGCAGAUCCCUGACCUGACCAAAGAUGUUUAUAUCCAGGACAUCCACUGUGUUGGCUCGCUGUGUAAGCUCUACUUCAGGGAGCUACCCAACCCGCUGCUCACCUACCAGCUCUACGAGAAGUUCUCCGAGGCUGUAUCGGCAGCAACAGAUGAGGAGCGACUCAUCAAAAUCCAUGAUGUCAUCCAGCAGCUUCCUCCACCCCAUUACAGGACUCUGGAGUUCCUCAUGAGACACCUGUCCCGCCUGGCGGCGUUCAGCUACAUCACCAACAUGCACAGUAAGAACCUGGCAAUCGUCUGGGCGCCCAACCUGCUGAGGUCAAAACAAAUCGAAUCGGCCUGCUUCAGCGGAACGGCGGCCUUCAUGGAAGUACGAAUCCAGUCUGUUGUCGUGGAGUUCAUCCUCAACCACGUCGAUGUUCUCUUCAGCGCUAAACUCAGCUCACUAAUAAGAGACGGCACAGGUGUGUGUGACUGCCACGCUCACACACACACACACACACACACAUGGGUAUUUUUGACCUUUAAGCUUGUAACCUCAUCUCCAGGUCAUAACUCUUUGUCUCGGCCCAAAUCGCUGCUGGUUUCAUCACCUUCAACAAAACUCCUGAGCCUGGAGGAAGCCCAAGCCAGGACCCAGGCUCAGAUCAACUCUCCUGUCACUGAAGACAGCAAAUACAUCGAGGUUGGAGAAGGUCCAGCUGCCCUUCAGGGGAAGUUUCACACAGUCAUCGAGUUUCCCACAGAGAGGAAACGGCCGCCUAUCAAAUCGAAGAAGUCCCCUGUGGGUAGUUGGCGCUCAUUCUUCAACCUGGGCAAGUCGUCGUCGAUGUCCAAGCGUAAGCUGCAGCGUAACCCCAGUGAGCCCAGCGAGCUGAAGGCUAUGGCUCUGCCUGGAGGCCGAGGAGACACUGUGACUUUAAGGUCAGCCAAAAGUGAGGAGUCAUUGAGUUCUCUCCAUAAUGUUGAAGGAGAGUCCAAAGUGUACCGUCCUCGGCGACCACGCUCCAGCAGUGAUGCCCUCUCAGCAUCUUUUAACGGACAGCUACUGGACAGCCGGCAGCACUGCAACUCACACGAUAACCUUGAUGGUACCGAGGACAGUGAUGGAGAUGAUGGGCCCAUCUGUGUGCCUGCUCUCAUCUCACCUCCCCGCUCAGCAGGUGAAGACGUGGACCUCAGCCCACCAGACAUUGGCAUGGCCUCGUUAGACUUCGACCCAAUGUCCUUCCAGUGCAGUGUCCCCGAUGCCUCCUACGCCUUUCCCGUAAAAGACAUGCCAGCUGGGGAAGAGGACGCAGCACUAAAGAGGAGCCCUGGCGGCCUCUGUGGCAAGGCCAGCAGCUCUGACCUCAUCUCAGCCUCCUUCCUUGCUAGCUUUACCUCCCCUUUGCUGUCCACAGACUACAACCUGACUGCAGGAGAGACGGGGGAGGGCAAGAAACUGAUCACUUCAUAUUCUUACACCGAUAAACCCACGCAGGCUGUAUCGCCUAUUAAAUCUGCGAAGACCACCAGAAUGACACCUUUUGCCACUUUGGAGAUUUUCUCCUCAGAAACGUCUGACGCAGCCGUCCCCCCACAGCCACCAUCUCCUCCGCUAAUACCCAAAGAUUCACCUCCCCUGAUGAGCAACAAGCUGCUGAGGGCAGCUGAGCUGUCGCUGAGUGAAACCUUUCAAACGGAGCUGCACGCUAAGCUGUCAGCUUUUGACAAUUUGACCAGGAAAGACCUCAGUGGAGAGGAAGGAGUCCAGCAGACACCAGCUGCCAGCAGCCAACAGCAACAAGGAGUCCUACCUCCAGACUCUUCAGAGGACCUGACCCCAUGUUCCCUCGGCUCUUCUGUCCCUCCUCCCCCUCCGCCUCCUAAAAAUGCUGCCCGCAUGUUAGCCCUGGCCCUCACCGAGUCUGCCCAGCAGGUCUCUGUUCAGUCUCAGUCCUGCUCAUCUGAGCCCCUCAUCCCAGUAUCUCCUUCUCUGCUGCUGCAGGAGACCUCAAACUUUCAGGACUUCUCACAUCAUCUGUCCCAACAAUUCCAGGCUGCAUCUGAGGGGGGAGCAAGAGCUACUUCCUCACCGCCUGACAAUAAUCCUACUCUCAUUACCACAUCCUCAUCCUACUCCUUCACCUCCAGUCCUCCAGUCAACUUCCAGCCACUAGAGGGAGCCAGCCAAGCCAAGCCACCCGACAGUGCAGCUUUACCUGAUAUACAGCAGGAGCCGCCUACAACCCCCCCUCACAAAUGUUCCCAACUUCAGCGUUCAAGCAGCCUGAGAUCUCCAACCAGAAGUCCAGAGAGGCAGCAGCCUGUUCCAGCGUCGAUCCCAGUUCAAAGCGUACCCAGCACCGCUCCAGCCACCACUACCAGUGGCAGCUGCAGUCACAUUCUGUUACAGCCUGUUUCUGAGGUCAAAGCUGAAGAGACUGCUCCACCUUCAGUCCCACUGGAACCAUCCGAGCAGCCACCUCCAAAGGCUCAAAAACCUAAAAGGCAGGCGGUUUUACUUCCCCAACACCAAGCAGAAACUCAACAGCUGAACUUGUUUCAGAUGCAACCUUGUCUUCCAGCACAGUCCCACGUGCUGUCACAGCCUCACACACAGUCCCAGAUACAACACCAGCCAUCUAAGGCAAGUGCAAGAGUAGCACCCAACACUGCUGAACCUGUUGAGAGGCCUUGGGAGGCCAUUAAACCAGUGCAACCCUGUACAGAGUCUGCGAAGCAUAAUGUACCAUGUGGACCCACACCUCCAGCUCCUCCUGUCCGCACUUUGGACAGCAAACUGGCCACUGCAGCACUCAGCCAAAGUGAAGCUUCCUACCACAUCUUCGAUGAAGGUUCUCAAACCAGCCACCUGGAGGAAUCUCUACCCCAUCACCCUCUUUCUCCUCGUAAGUCUUCUGCACACCAACCCGCCUACCUAUAUCACUUCAAAGGAGAACCAGUUCACAUUGAACCUCCAGGAGCAGCAUACUUCCACCAGAGGCCUCUUCAUCUAGCACCACAGUCAGUUCCACACCAUUACCGACCAGAGAGCAUCACACCACACCCCAGCAUGUCCAAGUCUGAGCCUCAGAUACCUUACGGUGCCCGAUUGGAUAAUCGAUACAGCACUUUAGGCCCCAGGUCCUACCACCACUCCAUGAAACUGAGAGGCAACCCUCGUAAUGUAUAUGUAUCACCAGGAUCAGGUCACCAAGGUUACGUUAAUGACCGAACCCACAGCUAUCCGACCAUCCGUAGAGUGCACUCUCUACAUGUUCCCUCCACUAUUCGCUCCUUGCCUAUUCAAAGAACUGAAGUACCCCCAGAAGAUGACUUGUUCUUCUACCAUCGACCUGUGUACCAGUGCAAAUCCUACCAGCAGCCUCCACUGCAGUCCUCUCAAACUGACUACCAUGUCACCCAGCUACAGCCUUACUUUGAGAACGGACGAGUUCAGUAUCGCUACAGUCCAUACUCUGGUUCAAGCCCUUUGGAGUCACCUUUCUACGACAUAGACCCAUAUGGCACAAUCCGAGUCAGGCACUUGCACUCUUAUGGCAGUCGAGAAGCUGGAACUGUUGGUGGGCGACCGGGUGGCAAGGCUGCUGGGUACCACUACGUUGCUCGCCAUGUUCUUCCUCCAGGAAAAGAGCACAGCUUUGUCAGCAGGGACAUGCCUCCAGGUCAUGGCAGCAGUGAUGCCGCUACCUACCUCCCAUGGGAUCCAGAUGAGGCAGAAAGGCUUCGCAUGCAAUCCAUCCGCAGAGAGAGCAGAGCCAGACUUAAAACAAAAGGCCCUGUCCUCUCGCAGUAUGACAAUAUUGGCUUCUUCACCCCAGCAGAUAUAUCAGGGUACGAAACCCUACACCUGCGUAGUAAAUCUGACCCAGGUAAAGCUGUGCUGGCAGCUGCCGAGAAUGGGCGUUACCUCCCAAGACACAUGGCAUCGGAUCCUGAUGUUCUUGUGUACAUGGAGACCGAUAAAUAUGUCCAUGGCAGUGGAGUGGGAGACAAGUCAGACACUCUUACUAAGCAAAGUAUAUCCAAAAAAUGCAAGUCCUCUCACUCCCUUCCUACGUCUCUGAGCCACGGUGUGUCCCAUCAGCAGGAGGGCAGCCGACACGAGACCAAGUUUGAGACUAGUGAUGGAAAACCUGGAAGAGAUGUCAGCCGAUCCAAGCACUGGCAGGAGUUUCAAAGCAAUAGAAAUGUCCAACCACGUUAUGAGUGCCCUGAUUCCGGGCCCCCCCAGAUUAAAGCAAAGACAAGCGUCUUUCAGAGUACAAAUGAACAUGCUCCACGGGAACAACUUGUGCGCUCUAAACCAGAGCGAUCAUCCAGCGUCCGAGAGCAAACCAGUCAGAGCAAACCGGAUCCAGGCAGAGACUACACCUAUCCGAAACACAACACUAAAACCGUACAGUCUCACUACGACAACUUGGACGAUUACCAGCCAGUACCUCAGCCUCAGGCCUCUGUCCAAAAACAAGGAGGCUCCGGCUCGUAUCCAACCCCAGGUUUUUCUGUUAGCCACAGCAACUGGGCAUACUCCACUGCACUGGGCCAAGGAGCCUUCAUCCAGACUGAUGUGGCCAUGCAGAGGCCAGAGACAGAGAUCCGUACAGAAUGAAGGGGCGGGAGGGGAAUAGAAUUAUCUUUAGCUGUGCAGAAUAAAAACUGCAGCCUCUGCAGGACAGUGGACUGUUAUAUCCUUAAUAUUUUUCCGUCUCGGUAUUUUUAACAAAUUGUAAAGAAUAUGUUAAGACUGUUUACAGAGUCUUAAAUGUACCUGCAAAUAAUGUCCAUGAAGUCAUUGUUAUUGUGAUUGAUUGAGACAGUAGCCAGUCGUAAAUAUAUGAUAAAUUGUGGUACUUUUGACAGAGACACCCAAAAUUGUAAAAGAUAUAUUCUAUAUAAAUAAAUAAAUAUAUAUGUAUACAGAUAGAAUUACUUGACAAUGGGGAUUUUUGUUAGUUUUUUUGUGUGUGGCACUGGGCAGGAGCAUCAGCCAGGACUAAUGUUUGCAUUUUAGAAAUGCAUGCACUCUUAUUUCAUACAGAGCAAUUCUGUGUGGUUCUUAUUGUGUUCUGUCUGAAUGUUACGGUACAUAUGAAUGACGGAGGACAUGUUUAGCUCAUCACUCCCUCCUGCUAUUAUGAAAAUGAUACUGUGGGUCCAUGUUUGCUUUGAUGGAUGAACGAUUUGAUAAAAGCAGCAGCAGCCUCGGGCUCAUUUUGGGUUAUUAGACUGGUUAUUGGAGUCUUGCUUCCUCUGUUCUUCUGUGCCAUGUUGGGUGAGCCAAGUCAAUAGAGAUUUCACUAACUUAUGAUUGGAGUGUUUUGGUACUUGUCUGUUCCUGUUAGAUAAGGGACCAAAGACUUGGCACAGUCCUUGCACAUAUGGGAUAAACGUGGGAAGGUGAAUUAAUGUUAAAGUGUAAAAGAUUUGUUUCUUAUUUCUUUUUGAUUUGUGGUACUUUCAUAAACUGGACUAACUGAAUAAAGCUGAAAAUAUUGUCUUUUCUGACAACAUUGUGAAGAACUUUGCAGCUGCUUUGUGGGGAAAACAACUUGAUUUGACGAGCCUUAAAUUUUGUUCAAGAAGAUAUUUUAUUUACUGUUAUUUUCAUAAUGCAUAAAGAUUUAAAUAUUUCUCAGCAGUUUGAAGUUGAAAGACAAUAGUUAAUUUAGCUUUGAUUUGGGAAUGAGGGAUGGUUGUUUUUCUUUUUUUCAAAUGUGUGGGGCCAAUUUUUUUUAGGGUAGAAAUAGAUUACAUGGGGUACAUUCAUCCAUUACUUUACUACAAGUCCAUGUGGAUAAGUGUAACGAACAGAUUAUGGUAUCAUUCAGUCUGUUUAUAUCCAGAUGUACUCUGCUUGCAGGUGUUGGCCCUCUUGCCUUAUCUAAAGCCUCUGUUCCUUCUCAGAUGCGCUGUUCAUGCUCAGGCACUGUGCUCCUGAAUGUGACAACACUCAUUUCACACCGGAAGAGUCUGAUAUGAAUAAAUAAAACUGUUCAGGAAAAGUU